AAGAAAGAUAUUAAGCUUAAUAAAAAUAAAAAUUCGCAGCCCAUCAGAGCUUGUUGAUUAAUUCAAGGCUUCUGUUUGUGGCGGGUGUUAAGCUGAGGGAACACGAAGCCACUUUUUCAGGAGCUUGAAACCUGGUUCCAGGAGACCUAGUUUGAGGCUCGCUGCUCUAUCAAACCCCAAGUCUCUCCCGGUGCGCCGUGCAGCGGGCUGAAACCGGGUCUCCAAGUUCGGAGCCACAAAGCAGCUUCGUGUUCCUGCAGCUUCAGGGUUGAAAUAAUCACUGUGUUUCCUGAAGAGUGGUUCUUAACAUGGUAUAUGACAAUAAACGUGAUCCACGACCAAAUGCACGACAUGCAUACCAGCAAGUGACUGGUGCAUGACGAUGCAAAGCUGUGGGCGGUUUCAGACAGGAUACCUGCGCAUCGGAUUUUGUUAAAAAAAAAAAAAAAUUAAUAUAUACUUUAGAUACAGUUCUACAUUAUGACCAAAGCAUUACAAACACAGUGUCUGGCAUUUGUAAUGCUGCGCCAGGUUUAAUAAGUGACCAGAGUGAGCCACGUGUCUAACGCCGAAUUAAUUGCCAUGGCAACGAAAGAAGGUGACGUUCCUCGGCGGGCGACGGUUUGAAUUUGAAUCUGUCGUUGAGGUGCGCGAGGUAACGGGAGUCCUGUACUGUUUUCGUGUUUCAAACCCACCACAGAGCUUGUGUUUUAUAUCGUUUACUGUCAGUACCUCAUUUAAUUUGUAUCGUUAUUAUGGAAUAUACAAUUUCGGGUCAUUUUUUUUUUUACUGUAAAUAAUAGUAAUGAUUCACUUUGUGGAAAGCCGAGGGCCCGCUAUCGAGGUCUCGGGUCUGGAAUGGUUUGAAGUUACCGUUGAACCAGGGGCAGGUAAGAAACAUGUGGGACACAAAAUAUAUAUAGUUUUUGCUCAAAAGAGCCAACUUCCCAACGCUUCGUAUUUAUACACCGUAUUUAUACAUAUUUGUGUUUGUAUUUGUGGUUUAGGAACCUGGUUUCAGGAGACUAUAGGUUUCAGGCCGCUACAGGACACACCAGUGGAGACUGUACCUGAAAAAGUGGCUUUAUGUGUUCCCUCAGCGUAAUGUUUUUACAAUAACAAAUACCGAGGAAGUCUAUCCUCUGAGAGAAUCGCAGAAGUUACCCCGCAGGGUCAAGUCACUUCUGAAGAAACAAAGCACUCUUUGAACACCGCUAUGCUGCGCUGGCUGUUCCAGCUGUGGACUCUGCAGAGCCUGUUCAUCCGGGCACCAGCUACUGAAGAGGUGGAGCCGGAGGUGCUGUAUUUUAACGGAGACACCAGUGAGGUGGUUUUAAACGCAACGGGUCACCCGGCUGCCGCGGCGGUGUCCUGGGAUUGGGGGUCCCAUGACGGAAGGGUCCGGAGCGUCACGCUGCUUGCGGCUGAGUUUUCCGGAGGCUCUGUUCGUUAUUUCAAUAGCUCGGGUUUCAACGCAGCCCUGGAGUUCGGAGACUGUUGCGCCCUGAAGAUAAAGAGACCCAGGUUCGACAGCGCCGGGUCUUUCACCUUGAGACAAAUCGCGCCAGGUCCUAAGAUUCUGGCUCGGUAUGAACUGGUUGGCUUGCAAGUUUCUACAUCAUCGGAAUAUUAUAGAGGGGAUUUUGAAGAUGUUGCACUGCGGUGCUCAGCCUCUAAACUGUUACCGAACAGUUUCAGCCUCGCGUGGAAAACAGACGGAGUCUAUGAAGAGAAGAACUCAGUACUGCGGUUUGAUAACGCACUGUACUUCAUCAUGAGGCCGGACUGCAAACGUCCCGCAACGCUUUGCCGCUGUGAACUGCAAUACAACGGGACUGUGCUGCAGAGUGAAUCAGUGCACCUUUAUUCUGAUUUCCAUAUGAGAGGCUACAGAAAUCGAUUCUACAGAACAAGUUUGCCGGAAAGUCAAUUUGUGAUACCAAGAGUAAGCUACAAUUACAGGCAUUUCCUUUCACGCCGAUAUACAGUAUACUGGGUGCCACAAUCAUCACAUUAUGAAACAUCAACAAUAGCGCACGUAGACGAAUAUGAAUUAAAUACAACAUCAGAGCACUUUGAAAACCGCACAUCCUUCUAUGUGGAGUCCAGUCACUAUGGAAUAUCCUGUAUACAGAUUUCACCGGUACUGUUUGAAGAUGCGGGAGAAUACACAACCAGAGGAGACCAUGAAGAUAAUUACAGAACAUUUGAGAUGGAUUACCGCUUAAUAACAAUUCAAGUCUCAGUGGCUGUUGAAGGCAGCAGCGUGUCUCUACACUGCACUGCCUCCAGCCUCCCUGCCUCGACCAGGCUGCUCUGGAUUGACUGGGAGGGCAGGGAGGCUGUGUCGGGGCAGGAGGGAGGCAACAGGACCCUGACCCUGGAGGUACCUACAGAUGUACAGCGAGGAGAGUGGACCUGCGCCCUGCUAGAGGGAGGAUUUCCAAAAGCAGUCUACCCUUACCAGCUGGACACCAGCACAGUCACAGAGCUGUUGGACGGCUGUUUCACUGACUCUGUGCUGUUCUGUGUGCUGGUGGGAUAUCUGACUGUCAAAACUGCAGCCUGUGUGGCGCUUUGGUUCUGCUUCAAGAAACGUCUCGAUAUCGAGGUGGAGAAGGAAAUGAGACCCAAUAGGCUAAGCGCUGCCACGGCAAGGGAUAACAAUUCAACCAUGUUUUCAAUGCAAGUUUCUGGGGAGUGAAGAACUCGGCUCCAUAAUUGCUCGGUUUCUAUAUGCAGUUUAUGAAUGAAGAUUAGUAUAAAAUAAUCUGGAAUUUUGUAGUUUGUGCUUUUGUGGUUAAUAAAAAAAAUAAAAAGCUAUUUUAAAUGAA